UAAAAUUUUAUAUAUUCACUGCGUGGUUACCCAUUUUCUUCUUCACAAGUAAAAAUAAUUACUAUGGCAUUUCUAACAGCCAUCCCCGGUAAUAAAAGUUUACCACUUCCAAAAAAUGUAUGCAGAGCAAAAACGGCAUCGUAUAGGAAUCAGUUCAAUAAUGGCAAGAUUGUCUGCAUGAAAAUCCAGCCGUCCAAAGCUGCAAACACAACCAUUUCUCAGCCGUCGAUCGAAGUUCAAGAUCAUCUUGUUUUCCCCAAAUUCAAUUUCGAAGAAUAUAUGGCGGCAAAGGCAAAUAAGGUCAACGUAGCUUUGGAUGAUGCAGUCCCUCUCCAAAACCCAAUCAAGAUCCAUGAAGCUAUGAGGUACUCCCUUCUCGCGGGCGGAAAAAGAGUCCGGCCGAUACUCUGUUUGGCUUCAUGCGAGCUAGUCGGAGGCGACGACUCGAUGGCCGUCCCGAUGGCGUGCGCCGUGGAAAUGAUCCACACGAUGUCGCUCAUCCACGACGAUCUCCCCUGCAUGGACAAUGACGAUUUCCGCAGAGGCAAGCCCACGAAUCAUAAGGCCUUCGGCGAGGACACUGCGGUCCUCGCCGGGGACGCCCUCCUCUCCCUCGCGUUCGAGCACGCGGCCGCCAAUACGAGGAGCGCCAACCAACACGGAGUUCUUCAAGCCAUCGUUGAGCUGGCAUCGGCCGUCGGGUCCGAGGGGCUUGUCGCCGGCCAGAUUGUGGAUUUAUGCAGCGAGGGGAAGGAAUUGAGUUUGGACGAGUUGGAGUACAUUCAUGUCCAUAAAACGUCGAAGCUCCUGGAGGCGGCAGUGGUUUGUGGGGCGAUCGUUGGCGGCGGAGAUGGGGUUGCGGUUGAGAGGCUGAGGAAAUACGCUAGAUGUAUUGGACUGCUUUUUCAGGUGGUGGACGAUAUUUUGGAUGUGACGAAGUCGUCGGAGGAGUUGGGGAAGACCGCAGGAAAAGACUUGGUCGCCGGUAAGGCGACGUACCCGAGACUAAUGGGGCUUGAGAGGGCGGAGGAAUUUGCUCGCGAACUUGUGUCGAAAGCCGUCGGGGAGUUGAGUUACUUUGAUCCUUUGAGGGUCGCGCCGUUGUAUCACUUAGCUGGUUACAUAGCUUCGCGACAAAAUUAGUAUAGUGCAAUUCGCGCGAGAGACGUUUUAUUUGAUAAACAUGAAAGUUGUGUACAUAACUAUGGAGGAAUUCAAAUGUCGGCGUGCAUUUUUAUUUGAACCUUCUUCUCGUUCGAAUUUGAAAAACUUAAAACACGAGAGUUGUAGUCUUUUGAGUUGACUUUCUGAUGCCAC